GGUAAAAUUCCCAGACUUGAACCAAACUUCUCCUCAUUCAGUCCAGCCGCUGCUAUGUGAGAUUUAAACAAAGGAAAGGUGGCCAAAGAGGAAGCAAGUCCGGGACUAGCAGGUGCUCAAGAUGGCUCUAGAGGAGGUAGGUCCACAGUGAUGCUGCUGGGAUGAGAGAAACUGUCCUUCAAGUCUGUUUAUGGGACUGCUCGUAUGUUUGUUUUUUUCCAGCUUUACGAUCAGGAAGACACACCAUUAAUUCCUCCACCAAAAGAUGCCGGAAAGCCAAGACAUACUAUGAUGUCUGCGUCUUUUAAUUUUAUUAAUUCUAUCAUUGGAUCCGGUAUCAUAGGUAGGCUGCUUCCUUUUUUUUCUCGUUUCGUUGAAAGAAACCUUCAAUCGUUGAUCUAUCUUGGGAACCCUUCACCCUGAGAUAAAUCAGUGAACUAAUUCUCUCUUUGGUCUGAGGAGAGCCUGCUUUCACUCUGUUCAGGCGCUUUCAGUCGUAAAGUCAGUGUAUCAUAUGACCGGCGCCUGCUGUCCCCAUUCACCCCUUUCAGCCCCAAAGUAUCCUGAGAGUUAUUAUCAGGAAGAACUAAACUCGGCAUGGGCUCAUCACAGCAUCUCACUGAAACGUUUCAGGAGCGUUAAAAGAAUUUUGAUGAGAGUAAUUUUUUAAUAUUUCUUUUAUUAGAGAAAAAGUUGAAUUUAAUUUUGGGAUUAAAUGCAUGUCGUUGCAGGAGAAUGAGAAAAAGUCUGCACAGUCUCCAGUAGACCACAAACUUAAAUUCAGAGCUUUUUGUUUCAUACAAUAAAUAAUAACAUGCUGAUCUUUUGUUGCAUUAAUAAGUAGCUCUGGGGGAUGUGAAGUUGCAGUGUUUUAGAGCGUAAUUUUCCUUUAGUCUGUCUAGUAACAACAUCAUGACUUUGAAUUUGACAGUUUUUCUAAUUUGAGGUCUUUGAGAGUCUUAAGGAGUUCUUGCUUACCUGGAUACUUGCUUCUAAACAGGUUUACCUUAUGCAUUGAACCAGGCGGGACUCCCCUUUGGCCUUCUGCUGCUAAUAUUUGUUGGCUUCAUAACAGGUGAAUACAUCAGUGGUGUCUUUAUAAAGUAUGUAGUUAUGAAUUUAACGUACAAAAACUGAUUGCAUCACGUCUUUCUUUGUGUGGCAGAUUAUACAAUCAUCUUACUUAUUAAAGGAGGAAACCUCUCAGGGACUAACAGCUAUCAAGCUUUGGUGCAGAGCACGUUUGGGUUCCCUGGGUUUCUGAUUUUAUCUGCACUGCAGUUCCUUUACCCUUUCAUUGGUGAGGUUUUCAAAGUCUGCACAUGCUAGGUUGAGAAUUUGGUCAUAUACACUUUUACCAGUGUUGUGCUGCUCCACUUCUUUUUUCUUUCUCAGCCAUGAUAAGCUACAACAUCACAACAGGUGACACAUUGACCAAAGUGUUUCAGCGAAUACCUGGAGGUAAAAGCCAGACACUAAACACAGAUCAUAUGUUAAAGCAAAUACAUACCAGUGCAUGUAGAGUAUUUAUACGCUUCAACUCACCUCUGCCUGUGUGUUCAUGUGUGAUAUUUGCAGUUGGCCCAGGUCACAUACUUGCAGAGCGUCACUUUGUGAUCCUGCUGUCAACCCUUGUUUUCACACUGCCUCUCUCACUUUAUCGAAAUGUAGAGAAGCUUGGGAAGGUAAAUCCAAGUAUCCCCAAUUCAAGAGUCAUUUUGUAACUUUCAAACUGCUUGUAAAACAUCCACAUGUGUCACCAGGUGUCCCUCGUGUCAAUGCUCCUGACUCUUACCAUCCUCAUCAUUGCAAUCAUCAGAGCUGCUACCUUUGGGCCACAGAUGUGAGAAUAAGUAUCCUGCAAUUUGCUAACCCAAACUGCCCUGUACAUGAAUGAAAUGAAAAUGCACUAAAAUGUUAUUUUUCUAUGUUUCUUAUGUACGACUGUGAUUUCUUUUAGUGCCCCUACACCAAAUGCUUGGGCCUUCGCAAAGUGGAAUGCAAUCCAGGCAGUUGGUCUUAUUUCUUUUGGUGAGUUUGUCUGCAUGAUGCCAGACUUAUUGAAUGAUAUUUUACCCCUUACCUUAGGUGCCACCCCAAAAUCCUCAGCUUUGGUCUGCUAUGUUGCUUAUCCCAAAAGCGAAAAUGUGAUAUAACAGCUGUAUGAUACUUAAUUGACAGUCAUUGGGGUAGCUAGAGACGACAGAGUGCAUGUGUGCAUGGGCCUUAACUUAUCAUUCAAGGCCCAUGGAAAUUUGACCCAGAAUGGUAAAAACUCACUCAGUUGGAAGUUCUGUCAUGCACUAACAUAAACCAAACCAUAGACUAAAACAUUGAGAAGCAUGAGAAGAAGAGCUGGUUCAAAAACAGCUAAUGUCAGAGUUUUUACUGUUUUCAAGACCACAGGGGCAGACCAGGAUUUGUUGACAUCCAUCUGGCUCUGCAUACAACUGUAAACAGUAUGUUUGGGGCCAUCUGCAGAGAGCAGAGAAUUGAAAGUUGGGGUUAUUGUCAGUUAUUUGACCCUGUAUCGUGGACUCAAAGUAGCCCAUCAUGUAUUUUGAAAAGUAGUGCACAAACAAUGAUCACUACAAGUGUCAUGUAUCAUCAUGCUAGGUGGAGUAAAGAUUACUGCAGAUGGAGUAUCUUGUUGGAAUUUGAUUCAGACUUUUCCUCGAAUCAGAAAGUAUAUACUCAAAUUUCAGGCUGUUUGAACGAGUGGAGCAGAUUUUUUUUAUGAUUGGUCUUAUUGCAUUUCAUCAAGCUACAUGUUUGAAUUGUGAAACAGCAGCGACUUCAUUAUCUGCAUACAGCAAGAUGAUCAAGUCAUGUCUGAGUGGACUUUUUUUGGUUCAUCUGGGUCUUAAGCAGCUUCUAACAGUCAAAAUUAGUCCACCUUCUAAUGUUCCUACGAAUCAGUCGUCCUUUUUACAUUGAGACUUCGUGGCCUCACAAAAAGUUCUGCGGUACCUUUGAGUCAAACAACACACAAAUGUAACGUUAGUAUCCUUGUGUGUUAUUUACAUAGUGUUAGUGAGUUGUGGAAGCAUGAGAGGCAUGGCAGGUCAACAAACACCCCACCAUACCUCUUGAGCAGUUACAUUGGUGAUAACAGAGGUGGAAGCAGGAAGUGUAAAGGGACUGAUGCUAAAUGAGUGUUAUGUUAGGUUUGCUAUGUUAGCCAUUUAAUGCACUGGAAAACUCCAUUUUCAACUCCAUAUCAGAAAAGCUUUCAAAAAUGUUAAUGACAAAUAUUUCAAGUUUGAUCAAAACAAAUUUCUAAUACUAUAAGAUGCUUUUGUUCUUACGAUCCAAACGAUAUAAGUAGACGGCUGUUGUGGAUUUGUGUUUGUAGUGGCUUUAGGUCAUUGAAUAUCAGGGCUGAAUGUAUUUUAUUAUUUUUUGGAUUGUUCCUGGCCUCCAACGGCCUGUAAUUAAUAAAAGCGGCUUUGAUUUAAAGUCAUUAAAUUAAUCCUAUCAAGGAGCCGAAGCCGCCAACUUUAAUUAACAGUCUUUGCUUAUUCAGCAUAGAUUCACAAUCCAGCUUUGCUACAUGGAGAUUGAGACUGCUAAUCCAGCUGGCACAGUGUCUGGAUAUUGUGUAGACAUUGCUGAAUAGCGUCACAACAUUUCGAGGAGUUUCUUUGGUGAUCAUAGUUUCAGUGAGACUCUGUAUGUUGAUGCAUUUGUGAUAGUAAGAGGAUCUCUGCAGUCUGUCUUGGUCUAAACACAUAUUGUGCUCAUAAAAAUUUCUAAUCCAGUGCCCUGAGGAUGAAAGCUGCUACAAAAGAGCCAUUUAAAUGGGGAUUUAGUUUGCUUUUGAAAAACAGUGUUGUAGUGCCUGUGCUAAGUCUCUCAGCUUUUAAGACUGAGAAGAUCUGUUUACCAUAAAUCGUACUCUGCAAUGAAGAAAGAGACCCUGCUUGUUCAUUUAAGGUGACAGAAAUUUACAAGUAAUACAUGAGUAUAUUCAAACUGUAAUGUUGCUGUGUGUUUCUGCAGCUUUUAUAUGCCACCACAACAGCUUCCUCAUCUACGGCUCUCUGGAGAAACCCACCGUAGCUAACUGGUCCCGGGUCACCCAUGCAUCGGUAGGCUCUGCGGUCAUAUUCAGCGCUGCAUUUGCUGUCGCUGGCUACAUCACCUUUACGGGUUACACUCAAGGUAUUGGCAUGAGAGGUGUUGUGUUUUUACUUUAAAAUGCAAGACACGCCCUGUUAUCUCAUAUUUCCACUUUUCAGGAGACUUAUUCGAGAACUACUGCAGAGAUGAUGAUCUAGCAACAUUCGGCCGCUUCUGUUUUGGCUUCAGCAUAAUAGCCACAUUUCCACUGGAGUGUUUUGUCACCCGAGAGGUAAGUGGUACUUUCUCUACAGCAGCCGUAGAGUUUGACUGUUUAACAUUUAUGUCUGUGAAGAGAAAUUGUGUUCAGCAUCUUAAAGGGAUAUUCUGACGUAAAAUUGAUUUAGGGUCAAAUGCACCUUAACACAGAGUUAGACACCCCCUCGAGAGAUGAAUGUUGCCGACCGCUUGCUUCUUUAGUUAUACCAACUUUAGUAACGACUGCAGGGUAGUAAUACACAGCGGUCUGAGGAGCUAUAAACAAACCUCAACCAAAAAGCCACUCUACAGCCACAAAUAAUGCUCAGAACUAGGCUGGCUGGGCCACCCAGUUGCGUGAAUCACUUGCCGUUCCUUCCCACAACAGUCUGGACUUCGGCCAAUUGGGAGCACUAAAAGUGGGCGGGAGUACUUUCCUUGACAGACAGACUGCUGUAACCAAUCAUCGUAACCAAACAUCUGACAUCAUCACAGUGCGCAAAUGUGUUCCCUGCUGGGCUCUCAAGUAUCAAGUAAAGGUUUGGUAAUAUUUCAACGUGUGCGAGCAAACAAUGUCUUUUACGUCUUUCUCUGCGGAUAUAAACGAUUUCUGCCGACUUUGCAAAGUCAACUGCAGAAUUAACGGCGUUCUGAAUGAACGGCACUUUGAAAAGUCCCGCAGCAUGUGUUAGACGUCACCAUCUACACAUAGAUCAAUCAGGGGCUGCCUUUCCCUGUUGUCCGGGGAACAGUGGAAACACAGUCACUGAUUGGCCCGUUUAUUUUCUGAUUUCUAAUACACGCUCCCAAUUGGCAGAAGUCCAGACUGUUGUGGGAAGGAACGGCAAGUGAUUCACGCAACUGGAUGGCCCAGCCAGGCUAGCUCAGAACAGCACCUAACUUCAUCAACAGUACAUAUAGGGUCCUAGCCAUAGCACUAGCCACCAAACAUCUUUUUAACUUUGCCUAAUUUCUUUAGCAAAGAGACUAAACACAACUCACCUACUCUCUUUCAGCAGUUGCUUGUUUGUAGCGAGACCUCGGGCCAGUCGAUUACGGACUGCCGCAAGGUGACACAGCUCAAGGAAGAACAUUUAUGAUCUUAAUCAUUUCCUUGAAGUUAUAAUCACCAUAAUAAUUUUGCACUGUAGUCGCGGUAGUUCUUCUGCCUUAGAGUCUUGGUCUGAUAGCAUUUCCAUGAAGAAAUGAUCAUAAAUGUUCUUCCUUGAGCUGGGUCACCCCACAGCAGUCUGUAAUGGACUGGCCUGAGGUCUCGCUACAAACAAGUGGCUGCUGGAAGUAGGUGAGUUGUGUUUAGUCUCUUUGCUAAAGAAAUUAGGCAAAGUUAAAAAGAUGUUUGGUGGCUAGUGCUAUGGCUAGGACCCUAUAUGUACUGUUGAUGAAGUUAGGUGCAUUAUUUGUGGCUAUAGAGUGGCAUUUUGGUUGAGGUUUGUUGAUAGCUCCUCAGACUGCUGUGUAUUGCUAUCGUGCAGUCGUUACUAAAGUUGGUAUAACUAGAGAAGCAAGCCGUCAGCAACAUCUAUCUAUCGAGGGGGUGUCUAACUCGGUGUUGCAGUGUGUUUGAUCCUAAAUUAAUUUUAUGCUGGAAUAUCCCUUUAAGAGUCCUGAGGUUGGUACUUUUGCAGCUAAUUUGAGGUGGUGGCUUGUCACUUUUUCCUAGAACUGGUAAAGAAUAUGAAUAACCUAAAAUAAGUGCAUAUGUGUAUUUAAGGGAAAAUUCUUUUUGAUAUUCUUGUCUGUCUUCCAGGUGGUUACCAAUGUCAUUUGCAGAAGGGAACUUUCAAAAAUGGAACAUGUGCUCGUAACUUCUCUUAUAGUUCUGGCUUGCACAUCAUUAUCUUUGCCCUAUGACUGUCUGGGGGUGGUUUUGGAGCUCAAUGUAAGCACUUUUAAAAGAAUCACUAUGUGCAAACAUUUGUUUUGAUUAAGGAGCAUUUAACAGUGUUCUUAUCUACUAUCCAGGGUGUCCUGAGUGCCACACCUUUGAUCUUCAUCAUCCCAUCUGCCUGCUUCAUCAAACUCUCCCCUGGCAGAAAGUUACAGUGUGAAAAUGUGCUUCCUUUCUUUUUGAUUCUGAUGGGCUUUUUUGUCAUGAUCACUGGUUUGAUCAUGAUCGCCCUGUACCCUCAAGACUGCUCACACGGUGUGGAGAUGUUCUACUGUCUACCAGACAAUUUUUCCAGCACCGAACCACCACCCAGGAACGACCGUCUGUUUGGUUAACCUUUUUUUUUUAAUUGACUGUAACACUGUGUGGCAAAAAUGGAUGCUUUAUAUGUUACCUCAUGUGGUGUGAUGUUGAAGUUUCCGUCAUAUUUCUUGUAAAUAAUAGUGUGCCUUAAUAUUUAUUGUGGAUUUUCCUCUUGGAGCAGGAGGGGAGUUGGUUGUUCCAUCCCUGAACGCCAGGUGUCACUAUAGACGAAUAAAAGGAAACACAAAAUAAGGA